GGGCAACAGUAAAUAACGCUAGUGCAAUGAAGCAGUCACCCUCACGUCAGGUGAGGUAUGACAGGUGAGGUACGACAGGGAGGAGUCACCCUAAACCGUGACAAUUCCUCACUUCUUUCUUCCCAUAUCUUCUGCUCACAUCCACCUCACAGACAGCGACCUGCCAUUCUUCCGUUGCCACCAUGUCUCUCAAAGCACUACCUACCGGGCGCGACGAGCGACUUCUUGACUACCUCCACUGUAGAGAACUCAGUGCCAUGUCUAAGGUACCAAAAUACUAUCGAAGAAUCGUAGAGCCCCGCCUAUACCGACAAACUCACCUCUCGGCUGCUCGCAAUAUCAACGCUCGCUGGUUGCUCUUGACACUCCUCUCAAGGAACGAUCUGACAACACACAUCAAACAGUUGGAAGUUGCCCCCGUCAUGCUUGCAUCGUUUCAUUCGUGCUUCAUCCCUUUAUACUCCAUGCUCGUAAUGCCCAUCGCUAAUGUUCGCCUUCUACGCCGUGUCCUUGAACGCCUGUAAUGCUUGUUGAUCGUCAAAAUCCUCUAUGGAUGAUCAUACAGCCUCUCCUCGAUCGUUGCCCU